AUAAUUUGUGACCUCUGAGAGAGAAGAGGGGAUGACAUGACCUGAGUUCAUGAUUAGCGCAACAUCUCUUGGAACCCACUUCAUUCUUGCAGUUGAAUUUUCCCGGGUCUCCAAUCUUUUGAACACAGAUAGCCUUAAUUCAGGAUUCAUAUCUGGCUCUGUAACUUGGCUUCUUGGCGGGACCAGUGUGUAGACGGUAGACCUUAUAGCUGAUUAAAGAAUGGAUUCUGAGUCUGCUGGCUCAUCAUCUCAACCUCCUGCUCAAGCUUCUUCCAUUGAACCUCCUGCCAAAGCUUCUAAUAAUGAUUCCCCUGCCAAAGCUUCUAAUAAUGAUUCCCCUGCCAAAGCUUCCAAUGCUGAGCCUUCUGCAAACACUGCCAUUAGUAAUGACGGUAAAGUGGGUGAAUCACCUGCUUCAGGCAUACCAUCUCAGAGUAGAAGUUUGAAACUGCCACAGCCAACACGACCUCCAACAGAUUCCGAGACUGGAACUUUUGGGAAUUCUACAUUUGCUCGUUUCACUAGGGGCCUAGGAUUGCAUUUUCCUUCAGUGACACCAGGAACGAAUGAGAUGUCUCAAGGUAGCACGACAUCUGAACAAGCUGGUGUUCUUGAAUCUUUCACUAAAGGUUUGGUUGAUUCAUCUCGAAGUGCUGUGAAGGCUAUGCAGGUCAAGGCACGUCAUGUUGUAUCUCAAAAUAAGCGUAGAUACCAGGAAGAUGGGUUUGAUUUGGAUAUGGCUUAUGUCACUGAAAAUAUAAUUGCUAUGGGUUUCCCUGCUGGUGAUUUAAGCUCAGGGCUGUUUGGAUUCUUUGAGGGUUUCUAUCGUAAUCACAUGGAAGAAGUGAUAAAUUUCUUUGAGACUCAUCAUAAGGGAAAAUACAAAGUGUAUAAUCUUUGUUCUGAGAGAUUGUAUGAUGCAUCGAGGUUUGAGGGGAAGGUAGCGUGCUUCCCAUUUGAUGACCAUAAUUGUCCGCCCCUUCAGCUGAUAGCAUCAUUUUGUAAAAGUGCAUACUCAUGGUUGAAAGAGGACAUUGAAAAUGUGGUGGUAGUACACUGUAAAGCUGGUAUGGGCAGAACAGGUUUAAUGAUAAGUAGCCUACUUUUGUUCCUGAAGUUCUUUCCAACAGCCAAUGAGGCCAUUGAUUACUUCAACCAGAAAAGAUGCGUAGAUGGAAAGGCUCUAGUUCUCCCAAGUCAGAUUAGGUAUGUCAAAUACUUUGAACGUGUGUUAACAUACUUCAAUGGAGAAAAUCAAUCUGGUCGAAGGUGCAUGCUUAGGGGAUUUCGGCUUCACAAAUGCCCUUAUUGGACAAGGCCCUCUAUUACCAUAUCAAAUCAUUUUGGGGUUCUGUUCUCAAGCAAAAAGCAUCCCAAAACUAAGGAUUUAAUGCCUGAAGAUUUCUGGAUUAGUGCACCGAAGAAAGGGAUUGUUGUAUUUGCUCUACCGGGGGAGCCGGGCCUGACAGAGUUGGUUGGAGACUUCAAAAUCCAUUUUCAUGAUCGCCAAGGAGAUUUCUACUGUUGGUUAAAUACAACGAUGACCGAGAAUAGAAAAACACUAAAUGCGUCUGAUCUUGAUGGUUUUGACAAGAGAAAACUGCCUUCACCAGGGUUUCAAGUUGAAGUUGUGAUGAUAGAUUAUGAUGGUACUUUGCCAACAAGUUCUAAAGGUGAUUCUGCCACCAAAGGAUCUGAUGGUACUACAAGUACAGGUUAUACUCUGAAAUCAAGUGGUGGACUUGAGACUAAUUCCAACCGAAAAAAAGUUGCCGAGAAUGAAGAUGAUGUAUUUUCGGAUAGUGAGGGAGAAGAAACCAGUUCUCCAAAAAGCAGGCAAGCUACUGGCCCUGGAGUAGGAUCCACUCAAUCUAGUCACACAUCUAGCAUCUCAACAGAGCAAAUGAGGAGCUUAACACAUGGAACUGAGCAAAUGUUGCUUGGGAGUCGAGAACCUUCCCUUAUUAAUGCUUCAGAUCGGCCAACUACUGAUAGGAUUGAGAAACCUGCUUCAGGCCUUGAGGUUCCAAGCCUGGAUUCUGUAGGGGUGAAUGAAAUUAAGGCAAUUGCUGCUGAUGCUUCAGUUUUCAGUUUUGGAGAUGAAGAAGAUUAUGAAAGCGAUUGAAGCUUAUUGCAGAGUAAGUGUAUGAGAAACAAGCACAGGUGAGCUCUUCAGAAGCAAAUGAAAAUAUCUGGGGCCAUUUGGAGAUUGGAUGUUAAUUGAAUUCAUUCCUUUCAUUCAUUUGUUAUUUACUAAGACAGGAAAAUUUGUACCAUUUUGCAAAAA